UUAGUUUCCUCCUUUGUACUAUAAGUGCUUUGAAUGAGAUGAUCCUUAUUUGGGGUUCCUCUCAUCUCUGACAUUUCAUGGUCUAAGAACCCUCCCAGCUCCGACAUUCUAUAUUCAGCAUCCUGAGAUACUGGUGGAAUUAUGGUCCAGUGCAGUGUAUUGAACUUGGAGUGAUGGAACAUGAUUUUGAAUCCUGACUCUACUACUUUCUACCUCUGUGGCCUUUGGACAAGUCACUUACCUCUGGGACUCAGCUUCUCUGAUCCUGUAACUUCUCUCUGAUUAUUUUGGAAUAGGGGACUGUUUGUGGGGGGAGCCACAGAAUGGUCUCCUUUGGAGCUUGUGAUCCAUUGCCUUCUGUAACCUAUGGGCACUGGGGCCAGAGGAAGUUGAUCUUUCAACGUAACUGUCAAAAUGAAGGUUAGAAUAGAGAGAGAACUUUCCAGUUGAGAAGGGUGUGGAUGAUCAGAAUCGAUAAGCUCUCUAAACAGAGCUUGGUGCUCCUGAAAUCUUGGGGAAAUGGGUGGAGGGGUGUGGACACAGGUGCAGAAUUGUGUCCUGAGGCAUAUGUUUGAAGAAAGGGCAUUUCUGGAUCUCCUCAAGCCCUGCCAUGGCCGUUGGCACCAUUAGGAUUUGGGGGAGCCUUAAGGAAGUCAGUGGCUGGCUCCCUCUGGAUUUGCAGGGGACCCCUGCAGAUCUGAGUCUUGGUUAGACUCAAGAGGCAUCAUACUAUAGUGAGUGAAAAAAAGCAUUUCGUUUGGAAUUAGAAAACUUGGAUUCUAAUCCUGGCUCUGUGUGUGAAUCUAUUUUCUUUGGGCCCUUCUCUUGGUCUCCGUUUCCCCAUUCAUCAAAUGAGAGGUUUCUAAGUAGGUGUUCUCUGAGGUCUUUUUGCCUUCCCCUGGAUUCAGGAGGCCCAUUACCAUUUCCCCAGGAACUCUACUUAGCCCUUCCCCCUUCCCCAGGACCUCAGGCAGGGGAGCAGAAGGGGUGGAGCAGGGUUGUGGGCACAUAAAUAGGGUCAGGAAAUGUGUCCAUCCCUCAGCCCUCUCGGCCAUCCAUGGGAGGGAGAGCAAGGACAGCGCCAUCUCUCCAGCCAGCCCUGGAUUUGUCUUCUUUCUCUCCUCUCCUCUCCUGGACGGAGCCACCCUGGAGCAGGUCCUGACUGAUCAGCCCUUAUGACCAACAUGAGCUGGAGCUUUCUGACGAGGCUGUUGGAGGAGAUCCACAACCAUUCCACCUUUGUGGGCAAGGUUUGGCUGACCGUGCUGAUCGUCUUCCGGAUAGUGCUGACCGCAGUAGGGGGGGAGUCCAUCUACUCGGACGAGCAGAGCAAAUUCACCUGUAACACCCGCCAGCCGGGCUGCGACAACGUGUGCUAUGACGCCUUUGCCCCCCUCUCCCACGUUCGCUUCUGGGUCUUCCAGAUCGUGGUCAUCUCUACGCCGUCCGUCAUGUACCUUGGCUAUGCCAUCCAUCGUCUGGCGAGAGCCUCGGAGGAGGAGCGGCGCCGGGCCAGGCGCGGGCGCCAGGGUGGCCGCGGGGGCCGCAGGCGUCCCCAGAGGAGGAGGCUGCCGCCCAUGGCCCACCCGGGCUGGGCAGACACCCCGAAUGGCGGAGAGGAGGAGCCCAUGAUUGGCCUUGGGGCUGGCAUGGGGGAAGAAGAGGAGGCUGGCGAUGGGAGCAGGGAGGACAGAGAGCAAGAAGAAGAAGAAAAGGAGGCCUUGGCGGGGGAGAAAGGCAAGGGGGCUCCAGAGGCCGGGCCUGCCAACCAGAAGCAUGAUGGGAGGCGAAGGAUCCAGCAGGAGGGGCUGAUGAAGAUCUACGUGUUCCAGCUGUUGGCUCGGGCCUCCUUUGAGAUCUGCUUCCUGGUCGGGCAGUACCUCCUGUAUGGCUUCGAGGUGCAACCUUUCUUCCGCUGCAGCCGAGAUCCGUGCCCUCACACCGUUGACUGCUUUGUGUCUCGGCCCACAGAGAAGACUGUCUUCCUCCUGGUGAUGUACGUGGUCAGCUGCCUGUGCCUCAUCCUGAAUCUCUGUGAGAUGGCCCACCUGGGCCUGGGCAGCUUGCAGGAUGCGGUGCGGAGCCGCAGGGUCGGGGGCCGCGACCAGGGUUCGGCCGGCUAUCCUUCCCCCCCACCCGCGCCCCGGCAGCUACCCCAUGGCUACCUGUACGCUCGCAACAUCUCCUGCCCUCCUGAGUACAACAUGGUGGUCAGGAAUGAGAGGGCAGCGGCAGCCGGGCGCCUCGUGCCUGGAGGCCUCCUGGCCCACGAGCAGAACCUGGCCAAUGGCGUCCUGCAGGAGCUGCAAGAGCUUCAGGGCCCUGGCUCAGAGGAGAAUCCUCCACCCAUGGAUCUGGCUGCUGCCUUCCGAGCUACUCAUCAUCAGGCUGGCACCCAGGACCCUGCCCCUGGGGUCAGGAGCAACGGCUUUCCUGCUUAUACAGCUCAGGUCGGGCCACUGCCUUCAAGGACUGACAGCCCAGCCUCGGCAGGCACCAUUGUGGAGCAGAAUCAUUCCAAUGGUGCCCCAGGGCAGCAAGGGGCCAAAGCCAAAUCCAACUCGGAGAAAGGCAGCAGCGUCAGCAGCAAAGAUGGCAAGACAUCUGUAUGGAUAUGAAGACCUCUGGGUGGGGGGAAAGAGGACAGCCAAGAGUCAACCUUAAUAUGACCCCUAGCCUCCAUUCCUUCCCCCAAACUGGACCCAACGUCACCUUAAACCCAGUCCCAAAGUGGGCCUUGGUUUUGUAACCCAGAAGUGCAUUAGUUCAUAGACUGAGGAGAAAUAAGGAAAUGUGGGAUAGUGGGAAAAGGAUUGGUCCUGGAGUCAGGAGAUCUGGGUUUGGAUACUGGUUAUCCUAUUGGUGUGACCUUGGGUAAAUCAUGUCCCUUAUCUGUGCCUCAGUUUCCUUCUCUGUAAAAUGAAGGCAUUGGACUAGCUGUAACCUGUGACUGUGAUUUAAACCCUGUGGGUGGCAACUCAACCUGCCUCCCCCUUUCUGAGUUUUGGGGGUGGGGAAAUUGGGGAAUACCAGGAAUCAAGGCUCUGAGGUGAAGCAAUGGAGUUUAAAUUUAAGGCUCACUUGACCCAUUGUCAUCACAAUUUUCUUUUAGAAGAUGUAUCUUUUCUAAAGAUGGCAAAAGAAACCCUUUUACAGGUAGUAUGAUCUAGGAAAAAGGACACAACUUCCAUAUGACCAUGACCCCUAUAGAACUAUGGAAGAGGAAGAGGCAGACAUCCUGGGGUUCAUAAUUUGCUGGGAACGCCCCUUUGCCAGCUCUCUAGAACCAUUCAUAAGGGAAUCUGAGUUUGGAAAUGGUAAGGCUGCCUCUAAGGCACACUGGUAUAGAGAAAAGCACAAUUGCUUGGGAGGCAAGAUUUGGGUUUAGAUUUCAGGUGAGCUUCUAGAGGCUGUCUCAAAUCCCCUCUAGCUCAAUGUCACAGGACCCUAGGUUUUCUGGGGGACAGGAAAAGAGCCAUCUAGGGUCUGGGAUUCAGUGAUCGCACAUUAAAUUCACCUUCUGCUUUUCCUUGUGGUAAGAGCUGAGGUAGAAACUCAUCCACAGAGUGAGCAGUAUGCCUAGAGUGUUGUGUCUCUGUCCUUGGUUCUGUCUUUUCCUGGCUGUUCAUUGGCAUGUGAUCAGGGAAGGCAGACCUAUUUUAAUCUCUAUCUGAGCCAGACAACUAAAAGAUAAAGAGUCCCUCCCUCUCCCCUUUCUCCUUGGAAAGAACCACAGAAUACAUCCCCAAGUCAAACAUAAAUGAUGGAUUCAUGUGGUGGAGAUUCUCAGCAUUAGGAGUCUUGUUGCCAUCUUUCCACUGGGCAGCUAAUUGAUCAUUGACCUUAUCUCUUCACCAUAUUACCACGUGUUUGUACAGUCUUUUAGCCUAUCCAUGGCCCCAUUAAUUGUGCAAAGGGUAUUCUUGCCCUGACUAGUAUUUGUUAGAGGUUUGUCUAAAGCAUGGGAAGCCUCGGGGAAGGAAUUACAGUCCCCCCAUCUGGGAAGAGGUAGGAGUUCCUUUUUUAUCCUCAUUCCCAUUCCCUCCUAAAGCAACAAGACACACUCUUUGGGGAAAGCAAAAUUCACUGUGGUAUCCUUACCAUGAUCCAAGAGACAAGAUUUGGUGAGUGUGGUGAGGACCUGCCUGGCAUCAUCCCCAUUUUCUCUCCUGCUUCCUCUCAGAUCCCAGCAAGAGUCAGGAUCCAGGCUGGAGAGAGAGGGGAAAAGAAAGGUAUGUUAAAAAGAAGGGAAUUAAAAUAGUGAUAAAAGGAUGGCUUCUAGAGGCCCCCAGGAGCUGAGAAGUUUCAGAAGUAAGUCCAACAGGUUUUGGAGCCCAUGUGGCUAUGACCUAAAGCCAAAGCAAUGCUCUUCCCAUGACUGUCCCUAGAGAGAGUUAGAGAGGGGACAGCUAGCUAGCUCAGUGGAUUGAGAACCAGGCCUAGAGAUGGGAGGUCCUAAAUGCAAAUCUGGCCUCAGACACUUCCCAGCUGUGACACCCUGGGCAAGUCACUUAACCCCUAUUUCCUAGCCUUUACCACUCUUCUGCCAUAAAGCCAAUACACAGUAGUGAUUCAAAGAUAGAAGGUAAGGGUUUAAAAAAAGAAAGAGUUAGAGAAGAGGUUGCCUUCACAGUGUAAUUUGAGGGUCAUUCCCUCUGACUACCUGUUGUAGUGCUUGAGAUUCUACCAUCAUCUCUUGAUUGCUUUGGGUUUUAAAGGCUCCUUAGCUUUCCAAAGGUCUCUCUGUUCUCUAGAAAGCAUUUAUACUUUAUACCUGUUAGUUACAUAUGAGUUACCAGCUAAUGCCUUAGUUGACCCCUCAUUAAGCAUAAACCCUCCUGUUAGUAUAGGGGUAAGGCACAAAAUGGAUUUUUCAAGGCAUGGAGGAAGGUGAUGAAACAGAAAGUAGAAGGAAGUGGAGGUGUGGGUGUGUGUGUGUCUGGUCUAGGCUCUCCUGACCACAGGUUCUAGUGAAUCCCAACUGUCUUACUGACUAGUUGUGUGAUCAUAGGUGGAUUGGUUCCCUCUUUGGACCUGUUUUCUCUUCUAUAAAAUAGAGAGGAUACAUUUGAUAAUUAUUAGGGUUUCUUCCAGAUCUGUCAGUCCACAUUCACUCUUCAAUGCCUUUCCCAGAUUGGAUGGUCUAUAAAUCUUGGGACUAGGAAGCAAGUAUUCCCUUCCCAAUGGGAAGAGAAAUGGACAGUCUUGGGGAGUGGAAGACUGAGAGUAGAGAUGGAAUGAGGAUCUGGAGGAAUUCAGCAUUAUUUCAAGAGUAUAGAGAUGCCUAGAAGGUGAUUCUAGGGAUGCCAGAAUCCUCCCUCCUCUCUCCGGUAAAGGGCUGAGAUUGUCUCCCAGACUCAAGUUUCCUCAGGCAUAGCCGAUUAUACCGCUGGAGAGACGAAAGGAAGGGACUAGUCAAGCACAACACAGUCAACAGGCAAAGAUCUUAGCCUAGAGGAAACACAGUUGGUGGGUGGCAGGGGAUAACUCUUAAUUAUUAACAAAACCAACCCAGGAUUCUGCCUCCCUAGAGCCACCCUAAAAUGACAUUUUAUGGCAUCUCCUCUCUCCUUACAUACCCAGAAAAGUAAUCCCUCUAGUGACUAGGACAAAUUCACAUCUCUGGGAAACACAAAACCAGGCUCAUGGGCAUUGGGUAAGCUCUAGCUCACUUGUUCUCACUUUCCUGGCACCACAACCUGAUUUCUUACUUCCAGGUCAAUUAUCUUCUAGGUCCAAGUGAUUUCCUAGGUCCUCUGUACUCUGAGACUCUCCUAAAAUUAGGUUUGGGGAGUGGAGAGAUGAAGGGGAGUUUCAGAGCAGAUAUUCCCUUUUUCAAGGUCCUGGUACUUUCACUGAGGAUACCUUUGACUUCCUUUCCCCCGAAAACCAUUGACUUUCCAUUCCCCGGAGAAAUACUUGAAGUCUUCAUAAGCCUCAGGGCCAGCCAAUGAACUAGCCAGUGAGUUCUGUUUCUAUUCCAGCACUAACUCACCUUUGCAUCUGGGACUGCCAGUGUAGGGCUGAGAAGCCUGAUUCUUAGGAUAGCAGGAUGAGGGGCAGGAGGCCAGGAGGCCCCUCCCUUCGGUCCUCUCUCCCCAUGUCAUCACUCAGCCAACCCCACUUCACCAUGGGAGAUGCAGGUUCCAAUACUAAUAGAAUGAAAUAAAUAAAUGAAAUAAAACUUGACUUUUGUUUACAA